AUGGCGCGGUCAACAAUACCAAGCAGUAUACACACUGCUCUGACUCUCCUCUCCAUCGCAAUCCUUGUCCUUCCCUCGCACGCAAUCUACUUCUACUUCGACGGCAACUCGCCAAAAUGCUUCUUUGAGGAGCUUGCCAAAGAUACCCUCGUAGUCGGCCACUACGACGCCCUCCAAUGGGACGAAGCAACUCGCACAUACAACGUCUCUCCAGACCUGAAAAUCCAAAUCACCGUCGAGGAGACCUUUGACAACGACCACCGCAUUGUCAACCAGUCUGGCGCAUCCAAGGGCAAAUACACCUUCAGUGCGGCAGACAGUGGGGAGCAUCGCAUCUGCUUCAUCCCGUCGGGUGUUGCGGCUGCGGGCUGGCUGACCGGCGGUGCGAUGACGGGCAACGUCAAGUUCAACUUGGAUAUGAUCAUUGGCGAGACGAGUAAGAUCGAGGCCAAUGACAAGGACAAGAUGAAGGAUAUUCAGACCAAGAUUCGGGAUCUGAAUACGCGGUUGCAAGAUAUUCGCAGGGAGCAGGUUUUCCAAAGGGAACGCGAAGCCGAGUUCCGUGAUCAAUCUGAAUCCACCAACUCGCGCGUCGUUAAGUGGACGCUGGUGCAACUCUUCAUCCUGGGAAUUACCUGCGCGUGGCAGCUUACGCAUCUACGCGCAUUUUUCAUCAAGCAGAAAUUGACUUAA